AUGGGUGGUUCGUCGGAGACAAAGAUCCUACAAGAACUUAUACUUUACGCGGCGAGCGCUGCUAUCAGCUGCUUGGUUCUAUUCGCGGGACUCAAGCAUCUCGACCCUAAUCGUGAAGCGACUAAAAAAGCUCUCGAGCAUAAGAAGGAAAUCUCCAAGCGUUUAGGUCGUCCUCUUAUUCACACCAAUCCAUAUGAGGAUGUAAUUGCAUGUGAUGUGAUAAAUCCAGACCAUAUUGAUGUGGAGUUUGGUUCUAUUGGUGGAUUAGAGACCAUCAAGGAGGCUUUGUAUGAGCUUGUGAUUUUACCAUUGAAGAGACCUGAGCUUUUUGCUUUUGGGAAGCUGCUUGGACCUCAAAAAGGGGUCUUGCUUUAUGGCCCUCCUGGUACUGGAAAGACAAUGCUUGCUAAGGCUAUCGCAAAAGAAUCAGGAGCUGUUUUUAUUAAUGUUAGAGUUUCGAAUCUGAUGAGCAAGUGGUUUGGAGAUGCUCAGAAGCUUGAUCAUGAAGCAAUGGCGAACAUGAAGACUGAGUUUAUGGCUUUGUGGGAUGGAUUUUCUACUGAUCCGAAUGCAAGGGUUAUGGUUCUUGCUGCAACUAACAGACCAUCAGAGCUUGAUGAAGCAAUAUUGAGGCGUCUUCCUCAGGCCUUUGAGAUUGGAAUGCCUGAUCGACGUGAGAGAGCUGAGAUAUUGAAAGUGACUCUGAAAGAUGAGAAUGUUGAACCCAAUAUUGACUUUGAUCACGUAGCUCGUUUAUGCGAAGGCUAUACCGGAUCAGACAUUUUUGAGCUCUGCAAGAAAGCAGCUUACUUCCCUAUCAGAGAAAUCCUAGAGCAAGAGAGAAAAGGGAGACCAUGUUCGGUCCCUAGGCCAUUAUCACAGUUGGAUCUGGAGAAGGUUCUUGCUACAUCAAAGAAGACACAAGUUGCAGCAGGCGAGUACUCUGGAUUGAGCUCGCAGUCCUCAGCUUGGAGAAGCUCAAGGGAUCCAGAUGACGUCCAAGCAGCUAUAAGUGGAAUCUCAAAGCUUCUAGUCUCUCAGUUCAUUAACCUUCAGCAGUCAGAUUCUCAGGAUUCAUGGCAGCGUGAUCCCGAGGAAGAUUCCCGAUGA